UAAACCCCGAACUCUUUGCAUUUCAGACCAAAUAUGAAGACACAAUGCAAUAUGAAUUUCAAGUGAAUGGAGAGCCAGUGGUCCUUCAUCUAGAAAGAAAUAAAGGACUUUUUGCAGGAGAUUACAGUGAAACUCAUUAUUCCCCUGAUGGCAGAGAAAUUACAACAAACCCUCCGGUUAAGGUAAUAUCCAGAGUGUCUUUUAGAGGAUAUUUCAAGUAUCAAAGGGAGACAUAUCUUAUUGAACCCAUGAAGCUUUCCGACAGUGAAGCCCAUGCAGUCUACAAAGCUGAAAAUGUAGAAAAGGAGGAUGAGACCCCCAAAAUCUGUGGGGUAACCCAGACUACUUGGGAAUCAUAUGAGCCCAUUAAAAAGCCCUCUCAGUUAGUUCUUACUGAUAAACAAGACAGAUACUUGAAGGCCCCCAAAUACAUUGAGUUUUAUGUAGUUGUGGACAAUGUAAUGUACAGGAAAUACAGCGGCAAUAUAUCUGCUAUAAGAACAAGAAUAUUUGAAACUGUCAACAUUGUAAAUCUGAUUUACAGACCUUUGGAUAUUUAUGUAGCACUGAUUGACCUAGAAAUUUGGUCCAACAAAGAUAAAAUUAAGGUGCAAUCAGCAUCGGAGGUCACUUUGGAAUUAUUUGGAGAAUGGAGAGAAAAAGAUUUGCUGCCGCGCAAAAAGAAUGAUAAUGCUCAGUUACUCACGGGCAUUGAUUUCGAUGGACCAGUUGUAGGACUUGGUUACUUGGGCACCCUUUGCAAGCCAAAGCAUUCUGCAGCAAUUGUUCAGGAUCAUAGCAAAAUAACAUUUUCUAUUGCAUCUACAAUGGCCCAUGAGUUGGGUCAUAAUCUGGGCAUUGACCAUGACACAGCUUCCUGUAAUUGCAGUGCUAAGGAUUGCGUUAUGUCUGCAAUCCUAGGUUUUGAACCUCCCUACAAGUUCAGCAAUUGUAGCCGUGAGAAACAUAAGAGUUAUCUUAUUAAUAAGAGUCCACAAUGCAUUAUGAACAAACCCUUGAACACAGAUAUUAUUGCACCUGCAUUUUGUGGAAAUAACUUUGUGGAGGUGGGAGAAGAAUGUGACUGUGGUUUUCCUGAGAAUUGUCAAAGUCCCUGCUGUAACGCUACAACUUGUAAACUGCGAGAUGGACUACAGUGUGAAUCUGGAGAGUGUUGUGAGCAAUGCAAAUUUAAAGGAGCAGAAGCAGAAUGCAGGGCAUCAAAGCAUGACUGUGACCUGGCUGAACUCUGCACUGGCCAAUCUGCUGAGUGUCCCACAGAUCUCUUCCAGACGAAUGGACAUCCAUGCGAAAAAAACCAAGGUUACUGCUACAAUGGGACAUGUCCCACCUUGACAAAGCAAUGUGUUGCUUUCGCAGGGCAAGAUAAAAAAGCCGCUCCAGAUAUAUGUUUUAAUCAAAACCAGAAAGGGAAUUCUUUUGCCUACUGCAGACAGGAAAAUGGUGUAAACAUUCCAUGUCAACCACAGGAUGUAAAGUGUGGCAGGUUAUUCUGCACAACAGGUUCAGCUGGAAAAAAGAUUGAAUGCAAAUACAACAAUUCACCAAAGGGAAUGGUUAAUCCUGGAAUAAAAUGUGGAGAUGGAAAGGUCUGCAGCAAUGGGGAGUGUGUUGAUGUGGAAACAGCCUACUGAUCAACCACUGGCUUCUCUCAAGUCUGAUUUUGGAGAUCCUCCUUCCGGAAGGCUUCCCUCAAGUCCAAAGAGACCCAUCUGUCUUUAUCCUACUAGUAAAUCACUCUUAGCUUCCAGAUGGCAUUUAAAAUUUGCAAUAUUUCUUCUCCAUAUUUCUUCUUAUUAUCUUUGGAUAUAAUCAAACCUUUUCCUUGCCACAAAGCUCCAUGGUCAUGUACAACACCAAAGGCUUAUUUGCUGAGAAUGAAAAAAAAUGGCAAUUUUACCGUUUGCCAAUUGCAAUGCAUAUUUAAUGCAACAAGUUCUGCCUUUUGAGCUGGCAUAAUCAAAGGCAAUGGUUCCUCUCCCAAAAUUUUACGCUGGCUUUCCAAGAUGUAGCUGCUUCCAUCAAUAAACUAUUCUCAUUCUGCA